ACUGCUGCUUACUUCUCACUACCUACAAGUUCUUAGAAAUGGGAGCCUUGGGACAGCCAAGGCCUUAUUGGCUCAUUUCAGUGUUUUAUGGUUUGGCAUUGUGCUUCUUAGCAAGUACUACUGUUCUUGCUAACAAUCCUUACACUUAUUUUUCACCACUACUUCCUCUAUACCCUCUUCCCAAGUAUCAAUUACCACCACCAAAUUAUCCUACCCACCCUCCACAGCAAUACAAGUCACCACCACCCCCGCCACCGCUAAAGCAUGUGAUACAUCCCCCGCCACCCUCACCUUCACCUCCACCUCCUUAUGUCUACAAGUUACCACCACCCCCAUCACCUUCACCGCCACCUCCAUAUGUAUACAAGUCUCCACCACCCCCAUCACCUUCACCACCACCUCCGUCACCUUCACCUCCUCCUCCCUAUGUCUACAAGUCUCCUCCACCCCCACCCCCAUCACCUUCACCGCCACCUCCCUAUGUCUACAAGUCGCCACCACCCCCAUCACCUUCACCACCACCUCCAUCACCUUCACCUCCUCCUCCCUAUGUCUACAAGUCUCCUCCACCCCCAUCACCUUCACCGCCACCUCCCUAUGUCUACAAGUCGCCACCACCCCCAUCACCUUCACCACCACCUCCAUCACCUUCACCUCCUCCUCCCUAUGUCUACAAGUCUCCUCCACCCCCAUCACCUUCACCGCCACCUCCCUAUGUCUACAAGUCGCCACCACCCCCAUCACCUUCACCACCACCUCCGUCACCUUCACCUCCUCCUCCCUAUGUCUACAAGUCUCCUCCACCCCCACCCCCAUCACCUUCACCGCCACCUCCCUAUGUCUACAAGUCGCCACCACCCCCAUCACCUUCACCACCACCUCCAUCACCUUCACCGCCACCUCCCUAUGUCUACAAGUCGCCACCACCCCCAUCACCUUCACCACCACCUCCAUCACCUUCACCUCCUCCUCCCUAUGUCUACAAGUCUCCUCCACCCCCAUCACCUUCACCGCCACCUCCCUAUGUCUACAAGUCGCCACCACCCCCAUCACCUUCACCUCCUCCUCCUCCGUAUGUUUACAAGUCUCCACCACCCCCAUCACCUUCACCACCACCACCAUACAUUUAUAAAUCACCACCACCACCAUCUCCGUCACCACCUCCUCCUUAUGUUUACAAGUCUCCACCAUCACCAUCUCCAUCACCUCCUCCUCCUUACGUCUACAAGUCUCCACCCCCACCAUCACCCUCACCACCUCCACCAUAUGUAUACAAGUCCCCGCCACCUCCUUCUCCAUCACCGCCACCUCCUUAUGUUUACAAAUCUCCACCACCACCUUCUCCAUCACCGCCUCCACCAUACGUCUACAGGUCCCCACCUCCUCCAUCUCCAUCACCGCCUCCUCCAUACGUCUACAAGUCACCACCACCUCCUCCUCCCUAUAUUUAUAAGUCACCUCCACCACCCUCACCGUCACCUCCUCCUCCUUAUGUAUACAAGUCCCCACCUCCACCUUCCCCAUCACCGCCACCUCCAUAUGUCUCUAAGUCUCCCCCUCCACCAUCUCCCUCACCUCCUCCACCAUACUACUACAAGUCCCCUCCAUCUCCAAAGCACUACUAAGCUUACGUACGGCUACAGUUACGUAAAAAACUUGAAUCCGUUGGAAUAACUUCUUCGCUUUUGGAUGUGGGUUUACAAUUUAUUCGCUUUUUUAGUUUUGUUUCUCUUACCAAAACAAAAAGUGUUUACUAAUGAAUGGUUAUGAGGGUACGUGUAGCUCGACCCCUCGUGUAAUAUCAUAUAUAUUUGUUGUAACCUCACUGUAUUACUUUUUUAAAUAAAUGAAAGCGAAGCAGAUGAAUCUUUGUGUGUGUA